AUGCGUAUCACCAACGUAGAGGCAGACAUCGUUCGGAUCCCAUUGAGCACGCGGUUCAGCGGCAGCGUGUACCAGAUUGAAUCGCGGUGCACCAUCGUGACCCGGGUCCACACCGACGAGGGGCUGGUCAGCGAGGUCUAUUCCGGGGACGAGCGGACGGGGUAUGAGUUGCUGAAGGACCUGGUGGUCGGGCCAAUGGCCGAGGCCGUCCAGGGCGAGGACCCGAUGGCCAUCGAAAGGUGCUGGCAGAGGAUGUUCGCGCUGACGCCGCGCAUCGGCAACAAGGCCGUCGCCAUGCGGGCCAUCGCGGCUAUCGACGUUGCGCUAUGGGACAUCACCGGCAAGGCGCUGGGGGUGUCGGUGCGUACCCUCCUGGGCGGCUACGCCGAGCGGUCUCCGGUGGUCCGGUUCGCGUACUACGUUCAAGGACGUGACACGGCGUACAUGGUGGAGGAUUUGCUGCACCAGCGGGAGCGGGGCAUCGGCGGCGUGAAGCUGAAGGUUGGCGGCGUGGCGGUCUCGGACGACCUGCUCCGCGUGCGGGCGAUACGGGACACGCUCGGCGACGACUUCAUCAUCGUGUGCGACGCCAACCAAGCCUGGACGCUGGACGAGGCCCUGGAGUUCGCCGGCCCGGCCCGGGAGAUGGGUCUGGCGUGGCUGGAGGAGCCCUGCCGCUGGCAGAACGCGGACAACGACAUGCGCCAGGUGCGGCUGCGCACCGGCAUACUGGUGGCGGCCGGCCAGGGAGAGAGCAGCUCGUGGGGCGGGCAGCGCCUGAUGGACACCGAGGCCGUGGACAUCCUGAACAUCGACGCGGCGAUCUGCGGCGGCAUUUCGGAAUGGAAGCGCGUGGCCGGCGCCGCGCAGAUGCGUGGCAUCCAGAUGGCCCACCACGAGGAGCCGCAGCUGGCGGUACAACUGCUGCCGGCCCACGCUCACGGGCCUGUUCGUAGAGAGUGGGACCGCGGCGAGAUCGUCGCCCCGGAGGAACCCGGCAUGGGCCUGCACCUGGAUGCGGCGGUGCUGGAAGAGUACAAGGUUUAUUAG